AUGGGACGACUGAGUAAGACGCCGGCAGUAUUAUCGCUUAAUGGACAACCACAGGUGACGUUAUACAUGAAUACAGACAAUAAUGAUAACAAUAUGGAGCAAAUACACCAUACAGAGUCAUCCAUAAUUGUAGGUGAACCAACACUAGAGCUUAUGAAAUUACUUGGAUCUUUAGUCCGAUUGCGUAUCUCCGAUGGUCGUGUGAUUCUGGGACGUUUUCACUGCUUUGACAAGCAACAGAAUGUGAUUCUAAAGGAUGCAAGAGAGUUUGCACCUACAGUUAUCAAGACGGCAACGACGACUCUUAGUAAGAGUAAUAAGGAUAAAGAAGCUAUGGCUGCUCAAGCAAAGGCACGAGAUCAAGAGGAAGAAAUGCGUUUUACCAGUUUAGUAUUGCCUUCAGGUAGUCGUUCACUUGGAAUGACACUUGUACCGGGCAAACAUAUUGUAUGUAUGAAGGUCCAGUGCUAA